AUGCAGAUUAAUCAAACAUUUGAUGAUCCAAAAACUGACACCAUCUGCAUCACUAGCAACAAUUGUCACCAGUCUACCAUACGUACAGGAACUGUCCAGGAAAUUAUUCGCCAACAGCUUAAAGAUAUUGCGAAUACAAAAGUUUCAGAGGCCACCGUCGGAUACGACAAUGCUUUUAUUGUGGGCGACUUGGCGGAUGUUCACCAGCAAUACAUGAAAUGGAAGGCUUUACUACCGAGGAUUAAGCCAUUUUAUGCUGUUAAAUGCAAUCCUGAUCAAACUGUGGUGAACUAUUUAGCAUCGUUAGGUGUCGGAUUUGAUUGUGCAAGCCAACAGGAAAUUCAACAGAUCCCUGAAAUCGGGGUUGACCCUACCCGCAUGAUCUAUGCGAAUCCGUGCAAACAGCCUUCGUUUGUCCACUAUGCUGCCAAGCACAAUGUAUCGCUCAUGACAUUUGACAAUAUGGAUGAGCUUUACAAAAUUAAGGAGGUAUAUCCAAACGCCAAACUCGUCUUGCGUAUCUUGACAGAUGAUUCGAGCGCUCAAGUUCGACUUGGCUUGAAAUAUGGUGCACCACCUGAAACUAUUGACUACCUCUUAAAAACUGCAAAGAAACUUGAUUUGAAUGUCGUAGGUGUGAGCUUUCAUGUCGGUAGUGGAUGCACAGACGCUCAGGCAUACGCGGACGCCGUGGCACUUGCUCGGAAUGUGUUUGCUCAAGCAGAAGCGAUCGGUUACCGCAUGACUUUGCUGAACUGCGGGGGUGGGAUGUCUGGAAGCAAUAAUGAGCAUGGCAUUACGUUUGAAGACGUAGCUGCAACCCUCGGACAGGCAGUGGAUAAACUCUUUCCAUCGCCGGAUAUAGAAGUCAUUGCAGAACCCGGUCGGUUUUUUGUUUCCUCGGCAUUUACAGCAUGUGUGCAAGUGAUUGGUCGUCGCGCAUUGAUUCCGGAAGAAGAAUCUGCAGAUAUACAACAACAAAAAUACAUGUACUAUCUAAACGAUGGACUGUUUGGAUCGUAUCUGAUGCGAUUUACUGACAAUGAGCGUCUUAAUUUCCGAGUGGUAUUCAAGAAUGGCGUCUUUGUUUAUGAAGACAAAAAACAACAAGAAGAGGCCCCCACUUUUAUAUCCAAUGUUUGGGGCCCAACGUGCUCUUCGUUUGAUAGUCUUCUUCAAGACGUGCGUUUGCCGCGCCUAGAAUUAGGUGAUUGGAUCUGCCAAGAGAAUAUGGGAGCUUACGCAACGUGUGCUGCGACCAAUUUUAAUGGAUUCGAAAAAACAAAAAUUAUUUACACAAAUAGCACAUCAAUUGGUCCGCACAACAAUGGGAUGUAA